AAGAAAACAGCUGAUUUAGAGCUGAGAUGAUGUCACCUGGAGGCAUGUAGCACUCUUCCUGUGGCACCCCGGCUCUUCAUGUGCCUGAUCUGAGCUCAGGGCUGCACAGACCGGCGAGAAAGCCGUCCAGGCUGGAAAUGGGGCAGAAUACUCCGAAAGUAGGCCAGCAGAGAGACUGAGGUUUGUGGGCAGAAAAGCAGGAGUGAAACGGCGGCGGCGGCUGCUGAGCCCAGAGCCCCCAGGACGCCGCUCACGCUCCAGGAAGUGCUGGGAAGAGCGGGCACUGAAGCUCAGGGACCCCCAGCCUCACUCGCACCCGGGGCCCCUCCCCGGCACGGCCAUGUUCGAGGACAAGAGGACCAAGGUGAGGAUGACCUUUCUGGUCAUUCUGCUGGGAAUCUCUUCCAUGUUUGUGGCCGUGGUGUCAGACCACUGGGCAGUGCUGAACGCACGGGUGGAGCACCUCAACGCUACCUGCGAGGCGGCCCACUUUGGCCUCUGGCGGCUUUGUAAGAAGAGCAUCUUCAUGAGGGUGGAGGACCCUGGAGGCAGCAGUUGUGGCCCCAUCAGCCUCCCCGGAGCCAAAAACUGUUCCUACUUCAAACAUUUCACUUCGGGGGAGGAGGCUGAGCUGUUUGAGGUUGAAACCCAGAAAGAGUACAACAUUUCCGCGGCGGCGAUCGCUGUCUUCAGCCUGGCCUUCAUGAUGCUGGGUACCCUUUGUCUGAUCGGCUCCUUCGGAAGAGGCAGGGACUACCUGCUGCGGCCGGCAGGCAUGUUCUUUGCUUUCGCAGGUCUGUGCAUAAUCAUCUCAGUGGAGGUGAUGCGACAGUCCGUGAAGCGCAUGAUCGACAGCGACGAGACCAUCUGGAUCCAAUACUACUACUCUUGGUCGUUUGCGUGCGCCUGCUCAGCCUUCGUCCUCCUCUUCCUCAGCGGCAUCGCCCUUCUUCUCAUCUCCAUGCCCCACAUGCCCCGCAAUUCCUGGGAGACCUGCAUGGACGCCGAACCUGAGCCUCUGGAUUAGGAGACGAAGGUACAGCUUCAGUAGUCCACGUUUGGUUUCGGUCGUAAUUGUAACAGUUUUAUGACCCACGUCAUGUUUGUAAGUAACAAAUAAAGUGCAUUACUACGGAACAAUUCAGUAACAUUGCUCGUCCCAGAUUAUAAUGGCUUUUGUUGUAGCUGUUCUAUAAGGCUACUGUUUCUGCGCGAUUGCCACUACGGAAUAACACAUGGACUCUAUCGCAAAUUAAUUGUGAAUCACCUUUCCCACAGACACGUAAUAGUAAUAAAAAGGAAAUUUAUGGAUGUGGUUAAUAUUGCAUGUGGCACGUCCUGCUGUCAUUCUUACACGUUACUCUAAGAAAAUAAUUGAUUUGUGGCCUGUUUGUCUUUAACAUGGCCACAAUUAAACGUAAAGCAAAAACUAGACAACGUAUACACUACGCAAAAAUGACGAUUGGUGCUUUAAAUGACUGACACACCGCAAGCUCGCGGCCAUAGAGACUGACCUGUAAUCUGUGGUCUGGGCUUGUCCGCUGUGUUCAGAGCAGGUGUCUUAUACUCCUACAUUCAGUGCGUCUUUUGUAGGUCGAUCGCUUAAAAAAACGUUCGGAAUCUUUAAAUGCAGUUCUAGCAAAUCUUUUAUUUGAUCUUAUUUUAUUAUUUUAAUAAAUAACACUUUUCCCUACUAAAGUAGCUUGUUUUACUUAUAAACGGAUUCCGUGUUAUAGAACGUUUUCUCAUUUUUCAGAGCGAAUACUUAUUACAGAUUAAAACUUGAAAAUCAUGUAUUUGUUUCAUUUAUAAAAACCAGGUUAAACUCUACCUUUUCAGUAGUUCUUUUUAAGCUGGUGUCAAGGUGCCCGGUCCAUUUUGAGUCCUGGUAUAGAUUGUGAUUAAAUCCCGUAUUAACGAUGGAUUUUUGUUGUGUUACUAAGCAAGUCAUCGGCUUUUGGCAUUUUCAGUGCUCACACAUGGCAGUUUUCAGGGAGGAAACUAUAUUCGCGAGGUAUUUCUCUUUUUUAUAGCUAAGCAAACUAAGUGCAAAUACCGUUCGCUCUCAACAACCGAAUGCAAGAAUUGUGUAUUUUAUUACGGGGUUUAAAAGUUCAAGGAAAACAGCUUUUGUAUUUUUGAAAAGCAGCGGUAUUAUGUAGUUGACUCUUGUGAGACAGUAACGUAGAAGCCAUUGCUUCCAUCAAUUCCGUUUUUUUCGUCCAGAUGUGUAUAAAAGAGGUGACGGGUUGCUUACGAGCUACAUCUCACAUUAGGUUGCGCGGGGGGCAAGGAAACUAAGGUACAGCCCUACAAAUGUGCUACUGAACUAGGCGUAUAUAUCAAACAUCACAACAAACUUCGUUAUACGCGAGUAAGUUUUAUGUAAGCAAAGUGUUUGUCUUUUUAAUGAAGAUACAUUUAUUGUGAACAUGAAAUUGUCUUGUACUUUUUAAAUAAAUAGAAUUAUUCAGAAUACUCAAUCACUUUCUUUUUUUAAUCUAUGGAACAUUCUAGGAUGUUACAAGGUGGAUUAUGUAAAAUGUUUACAAUUGUAUAAAUGUGUCAUUUAUUACAAUUUAGAAAUCACAUUCAGAGUUUGCACCUCUUACCAGUCAAACAUCUCCCAAGGGUGGCUUGUAUAAUCAAUAUCGUCAUGCAUAUGAAAUGUAAAUGUUUAAGUUAGAAAGUUGAUAACUGCCUGACUUGCUCUGACAUUUGGGGUUUUAUAGGGAUUCACUGAUUGGAUGACUGACAUGCUCUUAUAUCCCUUUCAGCCUUAUAGGCAGCAAAGAAGUUCAGUCCAUCUCGCUCAGGUCAUAAACACCUCGGGCAGCUGAAUUAACAAACCUGCUCCGCCUUAUAUCCUAACCCACGUCCAUCACAGGAGAAGGCAGUGGCCGAUUCUUAGGCUCUACUGUAAUUACGCGGCAACGGACAUGAAUCCGUACUUCAGAACCGUCAGUAGUACCGUCAACAAUCGCUGGAGGAAAAAAAAAACUGACGUUUAAUCGACAGCUACUGCGUUGCAGAAAUAAAUACAUUAAAAAUACGUGUGGUCAUUUGGCUCCCCCCAGAUUUACAGACUUAUUAAAUAAAAGCCAGUUUGCUGUUAUUUCAGAUUGGCUGCUCUUUAAUGAGUGUGAAAAGACCUGACUCACUCUGCUGGGACCUUCUGCCCAAACAGACCAACCAGAGAGGUUUUCAGCUCUUGUUUAGUGUAGCCGCACUGAUCUCAGGGGGCUACUGUCCUGUCUGAGUGACCUGGAUCUGCACUGACACGACAGACAAACUGGACUAGAAUCAGUUUUGGGUCAGUUGAGAAAAUAUUACUUUGUACUGAGUUGGGCUCUUCUGCUACAUCUGAUACGGAGUCAUUCUGUAUUCUCACAAAUCCCUAAGAUGGGUAAAUGUUGAUGUUAAGACUGAAAUUUAAUCAGGAAAAUAAAACAUUUUAAAAAAUGUUGGAGUGUAUUUGAUGUCAGAAAAGAUUCCUGCAAUGGAAAUAAGUGUUAACCUAUCCUUCAAUGAAAUAACUGCUACAGUUUAGUGACAUAUUGCUUAUUAAAAUUGUAACAAUGUUUU